AGCUAACCAACAUGGGCCUCCUUCGAAUUGCCAACUUAGCCAAUUGCUUGCUCUUGACCGCAAGUGUUACUCAAGCAGCUAUAUCCGACCCCACACAACAGCUCGGUGGAAACAGCCCAUGGUUCCCAGGCCCCGACGUCAACGACAUCCCUUACGAGGUCCCUGAUGGCUGCUCUGUGGAUAUGGCCGCGUUCGUGUCUCGCCAUGCCUCGAGAUAUCCGGACCCUGGUGCCUACAAUGGGUGGGUAGCACUUGCUGAGAAGAUUCAUGCUGCUCAAUUCACUGCCACAGGUGACUACAGCUUUAUCUCACCAUGGAAGCCUGUACUCCGUAACCCAGCUGUUGAAAUCUCAGACAUCUCUAUAGGAGGAUACAAGGAGCUGUAUGACAUGGGUGUUUCUUAUCGUUGGAGAUAUCCCGACUUCUAUACCGAGAACACCCCUUUCUCAGUGUUUGCCAACCAAUACCCCGCUGCACCAAGAGUCGUCAACUCCGCAAGACUUUUUGCUAGAGGAUAUUUGGGACCCAACUCCACCUAUGGUGAUGUCUAUGUGCUCAAGUCCAACGUCCCGGAGUCCAUCGCAAAUUCUUUGGCUCCUUCAGACUCUUGUCAUACAUACAGCGAUAAUGGUGGUGGUGAUAACCUCACAACCUGGAAUAACUUGUACCUGCCUGCUGUCACUAAACGCAUCAACAGCCAUCUUCAUGGCAACCUUACCUUUACUGACUCGGACGUCACUAACUUUCCUUAUUUGUGCGGCUUCGAGACGCAGAUCACUGGCCGCAGAUCACCAUGGUGCAACAUCUUCACUGACGAUGAGCUCCGCAAGUAUGAAUAUGCACAGGAUCUGCGCUACUACUACGGUUCUGGUCCUGGGUCAGGCAAGAACUACACAUUAAUGCAGCCCGUCCUCAACGCCAUCGUUCAGAGACUUGUCGAUGGUCCCAACAAGACAUAUGUUAACAGCAACGGCCAGUCGUGGACACCAGGUCCCCUCAUCCCCAUGUUCACCAACGAUGGUCAGAUCAAUCAGCUUGCUUCCGAGAUUGGUGUCUUUGAUCAGCAGAAGCCUCUGCCCAGCACCAAGAUCCCUAACGACCAGGUAUCAACUCUUCGAUACUUCUGUGACCAUCGCCACUACGUGACCAUGCGUGGUACCAUCAAUUUCGAGCGCCUGACUUGCUCAAACAAGAAAUAUGUCCGCAUCACACUCAACGAUGCCGUCUAUCCUGUGCCAUCUUGCCAAAACGGUCCUGGAAAGUCUUGCCCACUUGAGAGCUAUGCUGCACUCAUUGCUCAGAAGAGCCAGUCCCAAGGCAGUUUUGUUCAGACGUGCGGUCUUCGCAACUCGACUGCUGCCGGAAAGACAAACACUGCCACCUUUCUGGUUGACAAUGCAUUGUCUUGGGAGUAUGUUGUCAAGCCU